AUGGCAAUUGCAUCCAGGGCUGCCGAAUGCGCCCAAUUAUUCGACAAGUAUGCGAGGACACUGGACGGGGACGAGCUGCUCAAGCAGGACAUGGAAAACGAAAUCUUCCGGUUCAACCUGUGGGCAGCAAAUAAUUUCAUACUGACCCCAGGUCGAGCUUCGAUGGACUGGAGAUUGCGGAAUGCCCCAUUACUGCAAUCGACGAUGGCCGAGUUGCUGGAUGACUUGAAAGCUGACCUUAUCAACCAGUCUAAUUUUCCAUUCAAUUCCACCAUUCCUACUGGAAUGCUAUAUGAACUUCCCCUUCAUGCUGUCAGUGAGACGCUGGAUGGCCUUUUCCGCUUGUCUCGCGCCAUCCGUCGCUCGGGAAUUCUCCGCAGAUACGUCAAAGUUGGGAACUAUGUUGAGUUUGAUGAGAAUGGCGUAAAUCUGACAGAAGCGUUUAGAAACGGUGUAAAGACGCUCAUAGAGUUCCGCAUGAAGGAAUCCAAGUCGAGCAAUGGCCUGCGUGAACGCAUUAUCAAUACCGUCUGUUUACGCCAGCAAUAUUUUUCUUACCUGAAAGCCAAGAAGGCCACAAACGCUCCAAUAUCAGGGGCUGACCAGAGCCAUCAAUCCACUCCAAGGUCAGCACUCAGGGCCACAGCCAGCGUUACGGGUUCCCUUACGUCGAAGGCACAAGGAGCUGCGAGACAGCAAUCAUCACCUAUGCGAAGGCCUGGCCCGUCUAUCAUGACAGCGACAACAGCUCAACCCGAUCGAAUUCCUAAGGCUUACUCUGUAAAGUCGGCCCAUGAACAGCAGACCUAUGAUGUGGAUUGUAAUGAUGCGGAUAUCCCUCCACCACCAAACGUGUCUGGCAACCGCAAGGAGUCAGAGUGUCCAUACUGCUUUCUGGCUUGUUCUAAAGAAGAGCUGAGCGGAAGAAGGUGGAAGCACCACAUUAUUCAGGACCUCAUGCCAUAUAUUUGUGUCCUGGAGCCUUGUCCUACCCCAAAUUCUCUUUUUGAGUCGGGCAAGGACUGGUUGAGUCACAUGAAGAACCAGCACCCUGUCAGUGGUUGGACCUGUGUCGAUAGCACACACGAUACGACAUUCUUCUUUCAGUCAGAGUCUGGCUUCAGGGAGCAUUUGCAUCAAUACCAUGAAGACCAAUUCGACGACGACGAUAUCGAUGAUAUCGCGACCGCAUGCUAUCAAAAACUACCCGACGAUAUCAUCAUACGGGAAUGCCCUUUCUGUCCUACAGUGCAGAAACUAGAACUAAAGCCGAAGGAUAUGAUAAAUCAUGUCGCAAACCACCUUAUUUCGCUGGCACAAAUCUCUCUUGCAGGACAUAUAGAUGACGGGCGGUCGCAAUCAGCAUGGUCCGGAUCAAGCAGGGACUCAAGUUCGCUUCCAGCCAGUAUCGGAUCUCUUCCGGAACGAUUACACUCGGAAUUUAGAGAUGACGAUGAGACUGAAUAUCUCGCCUCCAUAUCAGGUGAGGUGAUUCCAGAUGCAGAUGAGGAGCUGAUUUAUGCCUUGUGGCAGAAAGUCCAAAAACCACAGGACGAUCCAUCACUGGAUUUGACACUUCGCCACUUCAUCGCUCAAUCUGGAAUGCAAGCGAAGGUGACCACAGAAGGCGCCGUUGUGGGUAGUAAUGACUUAGAUACGGGGCAGAGCUCCGAGAAGGAACAGGCUACGGCACCCGAGCUGGACAGGAGCAGCGAAGACAGCGCGGGUGUACUACAAGACACAGCUAGAGAAGGCAGUCUAAAGAUUGUUGAGAUGUUUGACGAGGAGGGAAACCCAAGGUUGUUUGAUGAGAUUACGGAUGAUGUCCCGCCGUUUCUGUGCCAAUCAGACUCAGAGAUUUACGACAAGUUUGAGGAACUCGAAUGGGAGGAAAGGGUGCGUCUGAAUGAAGGCAUGCUGACCAACGAUCCUGCCCAUCCCUACGCCCUUGAACAAGAUCCCGAAGUCAGCGCCCGCAAUCGAUAUGACAAUGUACAGGCAUGGGCCAACUCCCGCAUUCAUCUGCGGGUGCCCGAGGGCGAAUGUGAUUUUAUCAACGCCUCACCGAUCAUACUGAGGGACUCGGUCACGCAAGAGGAGAGGACAUACAUUGCGACGCAGGCCCCUAUAAUUGGCUAUCUCUCGCACUUUUGGCAUAUGGUUUUCCAUGAAAGCAAAGAUGUGGCUGUCAUUGUCAUGUUGACGCAGACCUUCGAGGCUGGACGGGAAAAAUGUGCACAGUACUUUCCUCUGCACCUGGACCAGGCUUCGAUGUUCCUGGAGUCAACGUUUGAUGUCAAGUCUCGCUCGGAGAUUCGCAAGCUCGAGUUAACUAUCGGCUCAGAGACGAAAAUCGUGUGGCAUUUUCUCUUUGCAGGCUGGCCAGAAUAUUCCAAGCCCGAAGGCGACGAUUGCGAGGCGCUCCUUGAAUUGAUCAGAUUAUCAGCUUCCAAAUCGGGGCCUCAGAAUCCACGUGUGGUCCACUGCAGCUCAGGAGUCGGCCGCACGGGAACUUUCAUCGCCCUUGAGCAUCUCCUCCAAGAGCUUGAAUCGGGCCAGUUGCUGCAGCUAGCCGAUCCCGAAGCCGACCCUGUCUUUGACACGGUUAACCAGAUGCGCGAGCAACGCAUGAUGAUGGUUUACAACGUGAAGCAAUUUCAGUUCAUCUAUGACGUGCUCCGAGAGCAAACGGAUAUCAAACUGGGUAAGGUUCGGCCACGAAACAAUGGAUCACUUGGGAGCCAGAUGGAGGAACCACGACCAGCCAAGCUCGCCAAAAUAGGCGAUCAGGCCAAUAAAGUGCCCGCAUCGUGA